GAUCGGCCUCCGCUCCGACAACAGUUGUCCUUUGGCAAUAUGUAUCCAAUUUCUUGAGGUGACACUCUUUUGCUUCAGUAAAAUUCUUCCGUCUUCAUCUUGCGCUACUUGUUCCCUCUUCGUUCUCUCUUGCUUCAACACCCGGCUGAGCGGACCGCAGAAGCGAAGCAUCAAAGAACUAAUUCCAAGUGGGGUGUGGCAUCUGUCCUUCUCAAUUCUCGCCAGAGUCCAUGUCCAUUGAUUAUAUGGAGUAAACAUUAGAGGCAGAUCUUGCGUAGACAGACCUAUCGUUAGCUUUGGUUGUCCCCUCAUUAUGUCUUCACGACCGAAAGCUACCCCAAGAAAGCCCAAAGCUGCCAAGGAAGCAGAGAAACAAGCACGACAGCUUCCAACUUCAACAAUCCUCAAGAAUGUUGCCCGAGCUGCAGUCCUUCUCAUUCUUGCGGGAGUUGCUUCGCCUGUAUCCCAGCUGAGCUUAUCCCCUGUCUAUGGCUCUAUCCCAGCAUCCUUGCACCACCAGAGGUCUAUUACAUUCACCGCCCUGCUAGCUCUGGUAGGGAAAGGAGCCAUCACAAAAUAUCUACCUGCAAAUAUAUCUGAAUACAUCGCCAUCAUCGCCUACUGGACACCCGUCCUUCAGUUCUUGCUCUUUUACGCUAGCGGGAGGCUGGGGGUAGACUAUGGCCCCUUACUUAUCGAGUCCGUUACUUAUCUUCCCCUGCUUCUGCUCUCUGUCUACACGGCUAGCGACCUCUUGGACACCUUGGAUCUCUCGCGAUUCAAUCUCAACCCGACGAUUACAGAAAUGGUACCUCCCUUAGCUUCAUAUAUCACAGUCUCUUCCGUUUCGAAGAUUACGGCAUCCAUAUUGCCAAGCUUCGUUGGAACACACUUGUCCUUCACCCGAGUUGGUCUACAAUUGCUCAUUGGUUCCGUUUCGGCGAUCUUGACUCCCUCCAGAGUCAUCCUGUUUGCAGCACCGGCGAUCCUACACACAAUGCUAGCCAAUCCUCACUACCCAUCCGAGAGCGCUCUACAAAAAGCCAAUACCACCCUGUUUUCCACACAGAACUUCACUCUCCUGGCCCGUCAGGAGUCUGUCACAGGAUAUGUCUCAGUGCUCGAGAGCCACACAGAUGCCGCAUUUCGCUUGUUGCGCUGUGAUCAUUCACUACUAGGCGGGGAGUGGCUCGUAACUCCAGCCGCUGCUGCAAAGGGCCAAACGCAGCGCGAGACUAUUUUCUCCGUCUUUGUAAUGCUAGAGGCCGUACGCCUGGUCGAAGAUGACCAGUCAGAUGUUGAGCCAAUUCCAGACAACCAGAAAUCAGCACUGGUCAUUGGGUUGGGAAUAGGCACCGCACCUAAUGCGUUAAUGUCUCACGGGAUCAAUACCACCAUCGUAGAGCUAGAUCCAGUAGUCCACCAUUACGCGUCCAAGUUUUUCAAUCUCUCGCCCAACCACACAGCAGUUAUCGACGAUGCUGUCGCAUACGUCCAUGAGAAAUCCAAAACGAAUCCGAAUUCCUUCAACUACAUCAUCCACGAUGUCUUUACUGGAGGGGCGGAACCCGUUUAUCUAUUCACCCAGGAGUUCUUCAAAGGCCUAGCCUCGCUUCUCAAAGAAGAUGGCAUCGUAGCCAUCAACUACGCUGGUGACCUCUCCCUCCCUUCUACCCGCCUCGUCCUCAACACCAUCCAUUCCGUCUUUCCCGCUUGCCGACUCUUCCGAGAUUCUCCACCCGCAGGCAACCGGCGACCAAGCGAUCCCGAUUUCAUUAACAUGGUAGUCUAUUGUGUCAAGAAUGAUCAUGACAAGGGUAAAUUCGCGCUACUAUUCCGCGAAGCAGACGAAGAUGACUUUAAGGGUAGUAUUGCCAGACAGAACUUUCUGAGGCCGAAGGAAGAGUUAGAAAUUCAGUUUGAUUAUGAGCACCCUGACCACGGCGGACAGGUGAUGAAGAAGAGUGAUGUGGGGGAAUUAGAGAAGUGGCAUAAGCAAGGUGCGGUCAGUCAUUGGAGAAUUAUGAGGACGGUGUUACCUGAUGCGGUGUGGGAGAUGUGGUGAUGGAGGGCAAUGUUUCCUAUUGUAAAAAGACUGAAAGAAAAC